AUGGAACGGCUUUCAGCUCAAACUGCGGCACAAAACCAUUCUCUUCACCCUAUAGAGCGCUGCUUAGAAAACCUCAAAGACGAAGUCACUCAUCUCGUCGCGAACGAAAAGGCUUACAGCGACAUGGUCGAGAAGCUGCAGACAGAGUUGUCUGCAUUCAAGCGUGCCUACGCAGACGUGGACACAGAAUUGAAGGCCGCCAAGGCUGCGCUGGAUAAUGCCGAGACACUAAAUGCUCAACUACAAAAAGAUGAAGCUGCCCGAAUUACUAAUGACCAGGGCAGCCGGGUUGUCAUGCUUAUUGACGGCGAUGGCGCCAUUUUCUCCACCCAGCUCAUCUCACAAGGACAGAAGGGUGGGCACACGGCCGCUCAGCGCUUAUCCGACGGAACGAUGCAAGCCCUUACGAAGUGUUAUGGCGCUAGAGCAUAUCAGCUCUGGGUGUACGUUUUCUUCAAUAGACAAGGGCUUCUAAACGCCUUUCGGCGCUCCGGUCAUGUCGCUGUAAAUGGCAAGUUGGAGGACUUUAUUGUUGGUUUCAACCAGGCCACGGAGCGUUUUAUCAUGGUCGACGUCGGCAGCACAAAAGAAGCUGCAGAUGCGAAGUUGAAGGUUUACCUUGAGGACGAAAUUCGCUUGUCGCAGACGUUCAAGGUCAUAUUUGGCGGCUGCCACGACAACGGCUAUAUAGCCAACUUACAAUCGCAGAUAACUGCGGGAUAUAAGGAGAAGUUGAUGCUUCUCAAAGGUUACAAUGAGAUGGCUAGUGGGAUUGCGAUGUUUCAGCUGCCUACUCUCACGAUCGAUGGCCUCUUUUUGACAAAAAAGCUGGCGGAAGAUGUUCCUAGUGUGACAAAGGCGCCGCUAGGCGGCAAUGUAGGUUUGGGGCCUGCUAUGUCCUCACAACUGCCGUCUCCGCCUGUAAUAACCCGACAAUUGGAUCCAAAGCUUGCAAUGUCAAAACAAAACCCGCCCCCUUGUACUCUAUACUACCUCAAGAAUAGCUGUCUCAAUUCGCACUGUCCACAUGCGCAUGACUACAUCCUUACUCCCGCUCAACUAAACGAUUUUGCCAACGGCGCCAAACGGGCACCAUGUCCCUUCCUCAACAAGGUAGGCAAGGAAUGCCAUUUUGGACAAGACUGUUGUUAUGGGCAUAUGUGCACGAAACAUCCCAAGUGUCCUUUUCAUAAACAAGGCAACUGUAAAUUCAAACAUCCAUGGUCUGCCUCCCAGGAAAAGGGCAUUUCGCGCGACUACCCACUCGAAACCAAGAACGAAGCAUGUGACGAUUAUCUCGCGAGGACAUAUUUCCAGUUUCUGUGGCUCCCCGAGUCAAUAAUGCCCCUUAAACUACUCGUACCAUCUCUACAACGCGCCAACAGCCAGUCAGACGCGUCGAUAGUCCAUCCUCUACACUCGAAACUGGAACGGUUGUUGUUGACGACACGGACUGUGAACAGCAAGUAUCACGUGGAACUAGCGCAUAUUCUGGCGAAUGGGGGCGGCGAGGGCGAGGAGGAGGAGAGUAUGAUGUGGUACGCGGUCACACACGAGAAGAGCGAGAACGAUCUGGAGGAGCCAUGGUUGGAUGAUACCUGGCGAACGAAAUGGCUUGAUCGGAUGGAACGCAGAGAAGUUCAGAUUCAGAUCCUUCUCCAUCUUUUCAAGCUAUCUCUCUCUGGCCCAUCACCACCACCAGACAUGUCGCAAUCUCCUCGGAAAAAACGCCGCAAGAUUGGUGAACGCGAACCGCCCCCACUCUCAUUGGAAGACCGGCUCGAAGCAUUUAUGGACAAGCUGUCUAUGUGGCAACUUAUGGGCACACUCGACACCGGGUUGCGCCAGCGGCACGACACACAGGACCGCGAUUGGAUGCAGACCUUUUGCGUGGAGGUUGUCGAGCCCAGAUUUGGCACAAUACUGGCGAAUCAAAUAUCGCUGCUCCGCGAAAAGGUAUUCCCCCAUUCGCCCUUUUCCGACACAGACGAUGCAGAUGAGUGGGAUGCUCCUGGGCCCAAACCCCCGACUGCACAGCUCCAACGGACCAAGACAACAGCGAACACGUCGCGCUCCCGAACCAACUCGACAGUCGCGACAUUAGACCCAAAAGCGAGCGUUAGCGAUCGCGCUCGGUCACGAUCACUCUCUGUGACCUUGGCCGAGGAGGAACAACGAGAGCGCCAGCGCGUCGAAGCUGACGAUGGGCGGAGAAGAGUGUUGAAACGGGAAGUGAGCAUGAAACGGAGUUUCACACCGACGUUGAGUGUCCGUGAUACGGCUGAAGCUGCAAAGCGGGCAGAGGAAAAGCGCAAGGAAGUAGAAGGUCAGCAAAAGAAACGAGCGGAGGAAGCUGCCAAGGAGCGUGAGCGAAUCCAAGGCGUCACGCUUGUCGAGGCAACACCAGUCAAGCCACGAGCCCCAAAAAUUGGACUUUAA